CUAAUUGUAUAUGAGCGCGAGCGGCGGGCUCUCGGGUCUUUUUUAGCGCCAUCUGCUCGCCGCGCCGCCUUCUGCUCCUCCCGCCGCCGCCCUGAGUCACUGCCUGCGCAGCUCCGGCCGCCUGGCUCCCCGUGCUAGCCACCGAUAUUUGGCGCUCAUACAACAUGGCAGACAUCGACAACAAAGAACAGUCUGAACUUGAUCAAGAUUUGGAUGAUGUUGAAGAAGUAGAAGAAGAAGAAACUGGUGAAGAAACAAAAAUCAAAGCGCGUCAGCUGACUGUUCAGAUGAUGCAAAAUCCUCAGAUUCUUGCAGCCCUUCAAGAAAGACUUGAUGGUCUGGUAGAAACACCAACAGGAUACAUUGAAAGCUUGCCUAGGGUAGUUAAAAGACGCGUGAAUGCUCUCAAAAACCUUCAAGUUAAAUGUGCACAGAUAGAAGCCAAGUUCUAUGAGGAAGUUCAUGAUCUUGAAAGAAAGUAUGCUGUUCUCUAUCAACCUCUAUUUGAUAAGCGAUUUGAGAUCAUUAAUGCCAUUUAUGAACCUACAGAAGAAGAAUGUGAAUGGAAACCAGAUGAGGAAGAUGAAAUUUCGGAGGAGCUAAAAGAAAAGGCCAAGAUUGAAGAUGAGAAAAAGGAUGAAGAAAAAGAAGACCCCAAAGGAAUUCCUGAAUUUUGGUUGACCGUUUUUAAGAAUGUUGACUUGCUCAGUGAUAUGGUUCAGGAACAUGAUGAACCUAUUCUGAAGCACUUGAAAGAUAUUAAAGUGAAAUUCUCAGAUGCUGGUCAGCCUAUGAGUUUUGUCUUAGAAUUUCACUUUGAACCCAAUGAAUAUUUCACAAAUGAAGUGUUGACAAAGACAUAUAGGAUGAGGUCAGAACCAGAUGAUUCUGAUCCUUUUUCUUUUGAUGGACCAGAAAUUAUGGGUUGUACAGGGUGCCAGAUAGAUUGGAAAAAAGGGAAGAAUGUCACUUUGAAAACCAUUAAGAAGAAGCAGAAACACAAGGGACGUGGGACAGUUCGUACUGUGACCAAAACAGUUUCUAAUGACUCUUUCUUUAAUUUUUUUGCCCCUCCUGAAGUUCCUGAGAGUGGAGAUCUGGAUGAUGAUGCUGAAGCUAUCCUUGCUGCGGACUUUGAAAUUGGUCACUUUUUACGUGAGCGCAUAAUCCCAAGAUCAGUGUUAUACUUUACUGGAGAAGCUAUUGAAGAUGAUGAUGAUGAUUAUGAUGAAGAAGGUGAAGAAGCGGAUGAGGAAGGGGAAGAAGAAGGAGAUGAGGAAAAUGAUCCAGACUAUGACCCAAAGAAGGAUCAAAACCCAGCAGAGUGCAAGCAGCAGUGAAGCAGGAUGGUCUACCUUCUGCUUCCCUGGAAAGGAUGAAUUUACAUCAUUUGACAAGCCUAUUUCAAGUUUUUUGUUGUUUGUUUGCUCGUUUUUGUUUUUGCAGCCUAAAAUAAAAAUGUCAAAUAUAAUUUUAGUUCUCCAGAGAUAAUGUCUUAAUUUUGUACUAAUUCAGGUAGAAGCAGAGGCCUAGCUUAAAUUAUGUACCCAGUUUACCGCAUUAUUGAAGAAAAGGGUGCCAACUUUGGAAGAGGUACUACAUCUACUAAUGAGAGAGGAUUAAAAAAAGAAAACAAAAUCUUAAAUGAUUUAAUGUUUUUAAUAGAAAGAUUAAAAGGGUAAAUUUUAUUUCCUUUCGUCAGAACUAGACAAAAGGCCCCAAGCCUCUACAGUUAAUUCCAAUUCUUAUUCCUUAAAGUAUGUGUGUCAUUUACCCACGCCUUUUGUUUUACUAUGUAUUAAAAUGGGUAGUACUGUUUACUUAACUACCUCACAGAUGUGUUAAGGCAUAUUAAGUUAAAUUUUAUGAAAUGUUUCUCAGUCUCAUCAAAAACUCAAAAGUUUGGACCUAUUUGUACCACAAGUAUGUGAUAUUCAGCAUUUUAUUUAUACCAAGGUGUGAUAGUUAAACUGGAAAACAAAGAUUAAGGACCUUUAUUCUGGAUCCGGUCAGGCAACCCUUGCAGAUCUUUGUGUGCCUCCUAUUUUAAUAGAAGUGGAUGGCCGAGCAACUGUUUGAAAAGGUCCAAGAAUUUUUUUUCCAACUCUUUUAAUUAUGACCAUAUUGUAGUAAAUACUGCAGAUAUCAUGGGACUAAAGUAGAAAUAAGACCAUUUUUAGAGGGGGGAAAUGCCAUUAAAUUAGAGACUGUAGAGCCACGUUUAAAAUACCUCAGGCUAAUUACUGUUACUUUUGGGGAUGAACUUUAAAGCUUUGACAGUGAGGAUGGACUAAUUGGGUUGUAAUUAUAGGAAGGCCUUAGAGUUCCUGCUAUAUUAAUAAAAUUACACGGCGUUCCUUUUUAGAGGUGAUAGAGCUUCUGUUUUAAAAAUUUAGUAUUAAGGUCUUGGAAUGUAGACACAUUGUGUUCUUUGUAUAGUACUAUCCAUUCCUCUCUUGAGAUUUUAAUUAACUACUGGAAAUCCUUAACCAGUUGCAGUAGCUUAUAGGGGGGAAAAAUGCCAUGAAAACACCUGUUUUUCCUCUUUAUUUUCAAAAUGAUUUUGGUUGUUUUGAUUAGACAUUCUGUGACUUUUUUUUUCCUUUUGUACCCAUAGUUCAUCUGAACACAGCUUUUUCUGAACUUAAAAUUUUUAACCUAAAGAUAGAAUCCCAUUUUUAAUGAGCUUAAAAAAGUAGCAAAAUCACUACUUUUUUUUUUUUCAUUUCUUUAGGAAAUAGCUGUUGCCAAAGUGAAGAGGUAGAUACUAUUUCGUCUUGUUAUAUAAGGGGGAAUAUGGUUUGCAGAGGAAUUGUUUUUUUAAAUAAAGUUGGAGUUUCAAGGGAUAUCAGUGUUCAUCUAUGCCAUCUCUCCAGUUUCAAAAUGGUUCUAUUCCAUUCUAGAAAUUUGACAUGUAAUUUGAAAUCCUUAAUAAAAUUGCAUUUAAUUUUAUAAAAUGUACUGGUGAUAUUUUGGGUGGUUUUUAAAAAAGAAUGAGUAUAUACUUUUCUUUUUUUUUUGGAAGAGUGGAGAGUAGAGAUGUUUUGAGUAGGCUAUUCAAUGCUUAGGCCAUGAUGGCCUGUAAAAUGUGUCAUUUUAAGAGCAACCUCCCAAGCCCCACUAAAUUGUGUUUGUUAUUGGAAGACUAGACAGAAAGGGAUUCCCUAGUUCUACAGAUUAUACUCUGAGUUAACUAUAGAUGUUUUUGAGGCCCUUUGAAUUUCAUCUUUACAUUUUCAGUUUAUAGUAUUCUCUAGCCCAGGCAGGGACUACCAAGAAGUUCUCUGUUUCUCUCUAGAAAUGGUAAAAUCUCAUAUGAUCACCUGUAAAGUAAUACUUAAAUUUUUUUCUAUCUUUUUAUUCAAAUAUGGUUAUAAGCAGAGAACAACAGUUCCAUAAAUUGAUUGGUUUUUAGUUUAACAUGGAUCUCAACGUUAUUUAAUGUAGUUCACUGAAGCAGUAUUAGUAUUUAUGUGACAUAAAAAUGUCUUAAUUGUGUGGAAUUGGCUUACAGAGUAGUGCUUUAAAACGUGGGAUUCUACCUCUGUUUCCUUUUUAACACAUUUAAUAACAACACAUAAACCUUAAAAGGACACAUUAGCUUUGAUAGAAACAUUUUAAUUAUUCUGUGAACGGGUUAAUGGUAUUGGUUGAUGUAUGAUAAGGCCCUUAAGAUAACUGAAUUACCUGUAUAUUACUGCUGCUUGUAAGACAGUGUGAAUUUGUGGGUUAUCUGAGUUGUAGGCCAUUCCCAUCAUUGAAAAUAAAAAUAAAACUGAAUCAUUGUGAAAA